GAAAUUUUGUAGGUUAUGUGCUCUGUAAAAUGACUACCGAAUUAUUUGAAAUAAAUUGCAAGUACACGGCCUUAAAACCGUGUCAGGUCGAAAUUACCGCAAGGGAAAUUGCGUCUAACAUAUACGAAUCGGAUAAAGUCUCCCCUAAGUACACAAAUACAAUUGUAGCGUUGAGGAAUUUAUGUGUAAAUGAAACGAAUCACUACCACUUAGACAACGCAAGCUAUAAAUGUUUCUUGGAAACUUUAAGACCCGUAAUUACCGCGCAAAGUGCAGACGAUUGCACCCCACCAGUCUCGACGAUAUGCGACCACUUGCAGAGCCUACACACUUUCCGCACGAAACUGCUGCGACGCCAAGACGAAAUCCGAAAACACUACCAAGAGGACAAUGCUUCGAGUGCCGGGGGCGCAAACCGGCACGCAGCGUUAGGCGAAUGCUUGGAGAUCGUGAAAGCUAUCAAAAUUCAGACUGUCCCGUCUCGGCCUGUUAAAGACCCCGUUCUCCAGGGUGAUCAAGUCGGACUCGUCUACGCUUUGUUAAACGUUUCGCACGCCGACGAGCUACUAACUGGAAUACUAUUGAAUUGGGCGGCACGACCAGGCCGCAGUCCCGAAGAGAAAGCGUGCCUAGAAUAUGUGUGGCACAAUUUCGAUACUGUGGGGGAAACGGUCCGAACGGUUCUGUUCGAUAAUUUCGUGUAUGUCGUAGAGAAAAUGAUAAUCAGGUAUUGUACGGAGGUAUUACAGUCCGGUUGCCAGCCUUUGUCGAUGCUACGUACCGAAGACCGGAAGGUGCGUAAUUGUAUUAGAAGCAUCAUUUACACCUUAUUUGUGUACAGCAGGUGUAAUAGGAAAAUAUUUGAGAUAUUGAAGUUGUUCGAGUAGAUUUUCUGUAACCAAACUCCUUGUGUACUAUCUGUGAUCCUUAUACAACAAUUUUUAUAAGAAUAAACACUCCUGUAGACUGUGAA